AAAAAAAAAAACAUUUUGGGGGAGAUUGAGAUAUCCUUCUCCGACGUUAACCGUUGAAAACCUAGAAAUUCACAAUCAGGCAAUCUGGAGAGAUGUCAUUAGGGCAAAAGGGUUCGGGGGAUCCAGGUGCGAUGCUCACUUGUCUUUUGAACAAGCGAGAGAAGCUUCGACAAGAUUUGCGGAGCAUCGAAAAGCAGGUUUAUGAAUUGGAGACAAGCUAUCUUCAAGAAUCCAGCCAUAUAGGCAAUGCCUUGAAGGGUUUCGAAGGCUUCCUUUCUUCCUCCAAAACCACUGCCAGUGCUAAGAGGUCAAGGAAGUUUCAGCCUGAAGACAGAGUCUUCUCCUUAUCCUCUGUCACCUCACCAGCUGCUGAAGAACUUGGUGUGGGAAGAGAAGAUGGGCGAGCUGAAUUGGGACCAGGGAGAUCCAAGGGUGGAUUGUCCACGGGACAGGGAAAACCGAAGAAAGGGAGAGGUCACGGAGUGGCAAGAGAUGCAAAGAGAAGCAGACCAUCUACAGAACCAGAUUAUGACGACGAAGAUGAUCCGGAUACUAGUAUGUAUGUUCCUAGUUCACUCAUUUAAGGCAUUUCUUGUUUUUUUUUUAUGCCUGAAAAACUGUAAGAAACAAAUCAGCUUGUAACCUUUUUUUUUAAACAUCCCAGAACAUAACCAAAGUAAAUCUAGGAACACUAUUGCGACAGCUUUAUAACAUCAA